AGAAGCCGCAUCUCAGAAACCUUCUCGUGUGCUCUUGCCAAACCCCACUGCUUGGCCGGGCUGUGUGUGAGGAACGGGGGGAGCCGCUGCCUGCUGCCCGCUCGGGAAGUUGUGAGUGGGAUGGCAGUGGGGGAUCUGCCUCUCGGUUUUGUGUCGUCGGAUGAGAUGCUCCCAGCUAUCGUGAUCGAGAGGGGAGGAGAAAUCCUUGUGUGUGCUGACAGGCACUUGCUGUCUCUCUCUGGUGGUGAAUUUAAAAUGCCUGGUCCCUGCUUUGGAGCUGGAGCUUUGCUCUGCUGGCCCCGCGGUCCCCGCUAGCCCAGCCUUUGCUGCGGUGGGCCUGGGCGAUCAUGCUUAUACACCGCUGCCUGCCCCUCUGCCUGCACAGGCAGCGGUGCUGCCGCGGUACAGACCUGCCUCUGCUUUGCCCUCUGCAGCACCGCGGCACCCCGCCACCGCCGGGCUUCAUGUGAGAGAUGGCGAAUGCCGAAGUGAGCGUCCCUGUGGGUGAUGUGGUGGUUGUACCAAGUGACGGAAACGAAGGGGAGAACCCGGAGGAUACCAAAACCCAAGUGAUCUUGCAGCUCCAGCCGGUGCAGCAAGGGAUUUACCAAGAGGGCUCCGAGGCCAGCACUGCCGUAGUGGCCGUUGAAACCCACACCAUCCACAAGCUAGAAGAAGGGAUCGACCCCAGCACCAUUGAAACGAACGAGGAAAUAGAGAUCGCCUAUCCCAUCACCUGCGGGGAGAGCAAAGCCAUCCUGCUCUGGAAGAAGUUCGUCUGUCCAGGAAUUAAUGUCAAGUGUGUCAAGUUCAAUGACCAACUGAUCAGCCCGAAGCAUUUUGUUCACCUGGCUGGGAAGUCUACCCUAAAGGACUGGAAGAGAGCCAUUCGCCUCGGAGGAAUCAUGCUGAGGAAGAUGAUGGACUCGGGGCAAAUUGACUUCUACCAGCAUGACAAAGUUUGCACCAACACCUGUCGAAGCACCAAGUUUGAUCUCCUGAUCAGCAGCGCCAGAGCACCAGUGCCGGGGCAGCAGAGUGUGGUGCAGACUCCUACAUCAGCCGACGGGAGCAUCACCCAGAUCGCGCUGUCAGAGGAGAGCAUGGAGGAGGGGAUCGAGUGGAACUCGGCUCUGACGGCUGCCGUCACCAUGGCCACUGAGGAAGGCAUGAAAAAGGACACGGAUGAGAUCUCGGAGGACACGCUGAUGUUCUGGAAAGGAAUAGCUGAUGUGGGGCUGAUGGAGGAGGUUGUAUGCAACAUCCAGAAGGAGAUAGAAGAAGUUCUAAGAGGCGUCCAGCAGAGGUUGGGUCAGUCUCCCUUCCAGAUGACAGAUGCUGCAGUCUUGAACAACGUUGCCCACACAUUUGGCCUAAUGGACACAGUCAAGAAGGUUCUGGACAACAGGAAAAACCAGACAGAGCAAGGAGAGGAGCAGUUUCUUUACACACUGGCAGACCUGGAGCGGCAGCUGGAAGAGCAGAAGAAACUUGCCAAGGACCAGAAGGCAAAGUCCCAAACCAUCCAGAACGUGGUGCUGAUGCCCGUCAGCGCUCCCAAGCCCCCCAAGAGACCCCGCCUGCAGCGCCCAGCCUCCGCCACCGUCCUCAGCCCCUCCACCCCCAUCCAGCAGCCUCAGUUCACCGUCAUCUCGCCCAUCGCUAUCGCACCCGUUGGACAACAGUUCUCUGUGGGCAACAUCCCGGUGGCAACCAUUAGCCAAGGCUCCAGCCCGGUGACUGUUCAUACUUUGCCAUCUGGCUCUCAGCUCUUCCGAUACGCCACCGUGGUGUCCUCCUCCAAGACCAGCUCCUCCGACACAGUCACCCUGCACCCGUCCUCCAGCCUGGCGCUGCUGAGCUCGGCCGCCAUGCAGGACAGCGGUGCCCUGGCCAAUGUGGCAGCCGUGGUCAACCCCGUGGAACUGGUGGCCAUGGAGUCUGGCCUCACUUCCACCAUCCAAGCCGUGGAGGGCACCUCAGAUGAUGGGCAGACCAUCAUAGAGAUCGACCCAGCGCCAGAUCCCGAAGCAGACACGGACGAGUCGGAGGGCAAAGCUGUGAUCCUGGAGACGGAGCUGAGGACUGAGGAGAAAGUGGUGGGAGAUGUGGAGGACCAUCAGCACCAGGUCCAUAAUGUGGAGAUUGUGGUCUUGGAGGACUAGUGGGAAAGGCAAGCGUCAGUUUGGGGAAGAGUUGGGAAUUUGUUUUUAUUUUGGGCUUUUUUGUUAAGCAUCUUUUCCAGCCACCCCAUUUGUUUCCAUGGAUAUUUUAAUUGUACUGUAUAUUAUAUAUAUAUAUAUAUAUAAUUUUUUUUUAAACAAAAAAGCUGGAGAAACACGUGAGACGUGGAAAAGGCUCUGUCUCCGUGGAGCACUGAACAAUACCG